AUGGAAAACACCGAACCCACGAAAUACACGCUGAUUCCAGAGCUGUACGUUAAAGUAACAGGUGUGAAAUGGGUUUCUACAUCUGCCAAUGUACUGCGCUACGUUCAAGGAACGUUUCCGAGCGGCUCGACCGGGAACCAGCAGUUUCUGGACCUGGGUUGCGGCCCUGGGAACAUCACGCGCGACGUGCUUCUGCCCGAGUGCCCACCUUGCCGAAGGCUAGUCGCAGUCGACUCGUCCGAAGACAUGCUGAGGUAUGCGAGGGAGCGUUUUUACCACCCAAAGAUUGUCUACGACACCCUCGACAUUGUAUCGGACGACCUCUCUGACUUUGUGGGGCGGUAUGGGCUCUUCGAUCGCGUCUACGCGCUCCACCUCCUCAACUGGCUGAAGGACCAGAAGCAGGCGCUCAAGAACAUCGCCAAGCUGAUGAAGCCGGGAGGAGAGGCAGUUUUUACUUUCAGCGCCAGCGCCCCGCAGAUGAGAUUUCGUAAGAAGCUGGUCGGGAUCCCGCGAUGGAGCAAGUACGCAAAGCGCGCUAAGAAACACUAA